AUGGGCUACAUCGCCAACACUCCCGAAGACCGCCUCGAGCGCUCCGACUCCAAAAACCCGAAAACAACCUGCAAGGGCUUGACGGGCUCUGGCAACCUAUGCCGCAACCCCGUCACGCCCGCCAAGGGCAAGGCCCUCUCGCCGACGCUCAAGGAAGAGUCGCUCUAUUGUCACCACCAUAAGGACCAGGCCGCCAGCCGCUCUGCCCAGUCGAGCCCCGGGCCUAGGAUGUCCGGUAGGCCCGUCUUGGAAGAGCGCACGAGCAUCGAUACCCUCGCCGACCGCCUCGGCCUCGUAGACAUCGGGUCGAACCUGAGCAAGAAGCAAAAGCGACCACAGGGGGGACGCCCAAGCGGCGGGAGACCGCACCCGGCGACCUCGAAGCCGCCGGCCGCGCAUUCCCGCCCGCCAAAGAAGGAGAAGCAGCUGCACUUCUGCUUCUGCUUCACGAUCCCCAUCGACGAGGUCCAGGAGGAGUCCCAGCCCGCGCCCCGGCCCCAGCCGCGACCGGUGCAGAACGGCGGCUCUGCAGCUGUGCCUCGACCCUCGAGCCAGCUCCUGUCCCCCUCGAACGGCGGCCGCCCGACAGCGAGCACGUCGAGCCACUCCCGAAAGAGCUCGCAGCCGUCGCCGCAGCCGCUGUCGACGUCACAGACGGCGCAGUACCUGUCCCUCAUUCCGCCGACGACGGAUCCGCAGACGGCCUCGGCGCUGAUGGCCGAACUGGCACGGCCGUACGGCAGUUCCGAGGAGCCGGGCUACAUUUACAUGUUCUGGAUCACGCCGACGUCCAAGAAGGAGGCGGCGCCGCUGCAAGAGGCGAGGUCCCUCCUCGCGCCCCCCUCGCCGGCGCGGGGCGGCGGUCGGCAGCGGCGGUCGAGCGACGUGGUGUCGGCGUUUGCCAAGGCCAACGGCGGCGCGUCGGCGGACAACAAGAUGCUCAUCAAGAUCGGGCGUGCGGCCAACGUGCAGCGGCGCAUGCAGCAGUGGACAAAGCAGUGCUCGUACGAGAUCGAGGUGCUGCGGUACUACCCGUACAUACCGGGGGCGAGCGCGGCGUCGGGCGAGCAGCCGCGCAUGACGCCGCACGUCCACCGCGUCGAGCGGCUCAUCCACAUUGAGCUCUCGGGCAUGGGGCUUCACGCGGGGCCCAUCACCUGCGCCGGGUGCAACCAGGUGCACCGCGAGUGGUUCGAGGUGCAGACGUCCAAGAAGGGCAUCGGUGCCGUGGACGAGGUGAUUCGGAGAUGGUCCGACUGGGACGAGACGCAGGUGUAG